AAGAAAGUGUGGAUGUCGUAUUUGUAACUUUUAGAGAAAAACAACAAUAAAACAUCGUAGGAAACGUCAAAAAGAAAGAAGAAACGGAUACUUGAAACUCGUUUUUAUUCAAAACAAUUUAACUAAUUUUUUUAAACUAUGGAAGAAGAGGAAAAUGAGUUGGUUUUUAUGGAAUUUUCCGUAGUAGAUGAAUGUGGCAGUGAGGAGGAAGAAGAAAAUGAUUCUCAACAAGAUGGGAUCCAUGUCCUUGAUGAAGAAGAUUCGACAAAACCCUCAGUGAAUAAUGACAUGUUUGCAGAUAUGGUGGUGCUGGACAUAAGUACAAGUCCAACAAAAGAAUUAGAAGAAAAAGAUGAGAAAUCUCGCACAUCUCACAGAUCUGAUAGGUCUUGUAACAGAUCAGAAGACUACAGAAGUCCUUAUAGGGAGAGGUCCAGUGGGGAUAAGAGGAGUUCAACUAGAGAAAGGUCAAGAAGGGAGGAUGAUAAAAGAAGAGAUAGGAGAGAUAGAAGUAGAUCAAAGGAAAGUCGUUACAGGUCGAGUUCUGAUAGGAGAAGACGAUCAAGAGAAAGAGAUAAAAAAGUACAAGAGAGCACUUCUGCUCGUAGGGAUACUCGAAAGACACCAACAAAGCAGCCAUCAAAAUCUUCUGGAGGUCAACCAUCAACAUCAAGUGAGAAAAAAGAUGCACCAACAAAAAGUCAUACGUCCUUACAGACGCCUACAGCUAAGACUAAAAUAAAUACUCCUACAAAAGAAGUUAAAUUCACUGAAAAAAAUAAAGAAAUCAAGGAAAAGUCGACGAAAGAAAAAGUUUCUGUAAACAAAGAAGAUACAGAUGGCGAGAGUGAUGGUGAGGGAAUAACAAUCAGUGCUGAUGACAACAUUCUGGGGGGAAUGGAGUUUUCAGAUCUGAAUAAAUCAGACUUUGUCACAUUAACAGUUGUGGAUGAAGAUCAAAAAGAAGACACAAAAACUGAAAUUAGUCCCAAAAAAGAGACAUCUGCAAAAAGUUCAAAUCUGGAUACAAAACAAACUGGAAAAGUAGAGGCAAAACAAGAAGUUUCAGCUCAGAGUUCCUUAAAGAAACAGGUACCAGAAGCAAUUGAAAUUGUUGAAAAAAACGCUGAAAAGUCCAAGAUGGGUCAAGCUUCAGAAAAGGCUGUCCCUGAAAAAGUAGCUCAGAAGAAAGUUUCUGUAGAAGUUUCAGAGAAAUCCAUGCCUGAAAAGGUGACAGAGAAAGCAGAAUCUAAAGAGAUCGAGAUGGUAGUGGUUGAAAACGUUAAUAAAAGUGAAAAACCGGAGCCAAAAACAGAGGCAUCGUCUAUUUCUCAAAGAAAAGAAGUUAAUAAAGAUCCAGACAAAUUCAAAGUUACAGAAGAAUUAUUUACUGUAGAAUGGAUCAACAAAGCCAAGAAGGAAGUCAGUAUUAUUGGAGUAGAUAAUCUUGAAAAAGAUGAAAAGAAAGAAGGAGCAGGAAAUGAGAAGGAGAAGAAGAAAGACUCUAAGGAGCCAGAAUUAGUAGAGGUGGCAGAUAUUCCCGAAAAAGAUGAUGUAUGUAUAAUAGGCAUAGAGGAAACCCGUGACAAGAAUGACGCAAAAGAGCAAGAUUUGAUUGGGGUUGCACCCGUCUUUGACAAAAGUGAAAUAAAUGCAGAAGCUAAAGAUAAAACAAAUUCAACACAGGCUGAUGUUAAAGGUAAAGAGAGCCAAGAAGAGAAACUAGUUGAAGUUGCAGACGAUAAAGAGGAAGAGAUGGAAAUUAGCAUUAUAGAUGAGUUAAAUGUAGACACCUCAAAAAACUCGGAGAUAACAGAAGAAGCAGAUGACGAUGUCAUUGAAGUGAUCUUCAGCAAUGGUGAAGAUGAAGAGGAAAUUCCAGUAAACUCCAAAACAGAAUUUGACAAUACUUUUAUGGGUGGAAAUGUAAAAAACGACAACUCUAAGACUUCAAUGCAAAGCAUGAAAUUAGCAACUGAGGAACUGGGUUUGUCAAAGAUGAAGCCUCAAAUAGAACAUGAAAAUAGCAAUCAAGAAUCAAUGGAAAGACGAGGUCAGAAUCUUUCAUUAUCAGAAAAGCCAGUGUUAUUAGAUGAAGACUCUGUAAAGGACAUUGAAAGCAUUGGUGAACCUGAAAAUAUAAUUGAAGACGGGGUGGAGAUUAUUGUGCUCUCAGACACUGAUGUUGAGGACGACGAUAACGAAGUUGAAAUUAAAGACACUGUACCAAAACAAGGAAUUGCUUCAAAGGCAAAGAGCUCUGAAGAGAGACUAGAAGAUGUUGAAAUGAAGGAAGAAGGUUUCUCCAAUCCAGCAGAAGACAACCUGAUAGAAGAUGGCACAGAGAUCAUCAUCAGGGAUGAAAUGUCAGAGGAUGAAGAAAAAGAUGAUGAUUUGGGGGAAAUUGAUGAGGAAGCCUUCCUAGCAAUGAUGCAGAGUGAAGGUUUGGCCAUUGAGGACAAUGAGGAGGAGAAAAAAGAUGUAAAACAAGGGGAAGAAGAAAGUAAGAAUGAGCAGGUGGAUAUUGAUAAACAUUCCGAACAUUUGUUGAUAACUGUUAGUCAGUCUUCAGAGAAAAGGGAUGUUAAAUCAAGCACAGAUUCCGAAGAAAAAUCAACAACAAAGUCACCUAUUGAUAGCAUCUCGUCAAACCUUGCGAAGUUAAGAAAGGAAUUUGAAAGUAUCUUGAAGCGAUCUGAAUCAAGCAACAAUGAGGAAAACGAAAAAGACAAAUCUGUAGGGAGUUCUCAAGAAAGAAGUAAAGACAGAAGUUCUAGAGAAAGAAGCAAAGACAGGGGUUCAAGAAGUUCCAGAGAAAGAAGUAAAGAUAAGAGUUCAAGGGAGAGAAGUAAAGAUAGGAGUUCAAGGGAGAGAAGUAAAGAUAGGAGUUCAAGGGAGAGAAGUAAAGAAAGAGGUUCAAGGAGCUCUAGAGAGAGAAGCAAGGAAAAGGACUUGCAGAAAUCCACCCACAGUGAGAAAGAUCUGAGGCGGGUCAUUCUCGGCAAGAAAUCCCAGAAUUCCAGAGAUCUGAGGGAUGUGAUCAAAGGGAGAAAGGCCAAAGGAAGUGAAAGCAAUGAGGCAGAGGGAGACCAAGGAGAAGAGUUACCCCCUGAAGCGGAUGAAUAUUGGGAAGCUGAAGAGGAGUUAGUAGAGGUGGACUCAUUCUAUGACGACUACAAGGAGAAGAAGGUAGAAGUUGUGGUGGUGCAGGAUCAGACAUUGUUACCCACCGAGAAAGAGCACUGGGGGUUCGACACAGUGGGUGAAGGUAAUGACCUAUAAAGAAAAAUGUACAGCAUUUUUCAACCAAGUAUGAAAAAUUAUCUGGGAAGUGAGAGUGCUGUUUUUAUGUUGGAAAGUUUUGAUGCUUUCUUUGUGGAUCUGAAUGAUGGACAAGGUGUUCUGUACAUUGACAACUCUGAGUUGAAGACGAUGCGUCCUUUCAUCAUGAUUGGGAGAAUCGCAAAAUUCCUGAAGGACCACCCUCAUGUUGAGAUGGAGUGUGAGAGAGCCAUUUCCUUCCUUCUGGAGGAAAAAUUGAAGACUGUUGGCAUCAAGAAAAAGAAUCAGAUCCCCAAAAGAGGUUUGCUGUAUAUCCGUGGGGUUCCGAAUCAUGUGUCGGAGGAAAAACUUGCAAAAUCUCUCAAAGCCAUUGAGGCUAUUAUACCUAAAAAUCUCAUGGAUAAACGAAUAGGAUUUGCCAUGGUGAUCUAUGAAACAACAGAAGAAGUGAAGAAGUUCUUGGCUACACUGAAGAUCUUUGAUAAAACCUGCGUCAGUUACCCGGAGAUGAUUAGAAAACGAAAAGGAUUGUCCAAGCUACUUCAAGAACACCCUGAGGCAAAGGAGGCUCUACUGGAUGGGGACACACAAUUACAGCUGCAUAAACGUCAGGCCAACGCCAGGAAGAAGCUGAUGGAGUUACAGGAACAGAUCAUGAAGAAGAACAAAGAGAAAAUCAAGAAAACAAAAAAUAAAAAGCUGCAGAAGCAACGAGAGAAGCAGAAAGAGGCGGAACUAAGGAAACUAAUGAUGAGGGCAAAGAAAAUCAUGGAGGAGGAAAAUAUAGACCAAAAUUUUGCAGACAUGACUGUAUUUGUGGAGAACCAGGGCAAAGGCAGAUCAAUGGAGGAACAUGAGAAGUUGAGGAGUCCUCUGAAGAAUUCAGAGCAGAGAUUAACAGGCAUUCCUACUAGAGUUGUUCCAAUUGAGGGUAAUAUUAGAGAUGCAGAAUACAACAGACUGAGGAGAGUGGUCCUCGAGGAGUUGAAGGAGGAUAUAAGCAAUGGUAGAUUCAGGGAUCAGAAACACCUGGAAGAUACUAUAAACAGAAGAAUUGAGUCUAAAAGAGCUGCAGAGGCAAGACCAAGGAUGUGGGGAAGUGGAGUAGCUGUGUCACAAACACAGGCAUCACAGCCUGGGGUCCCUGCUGGAGAGUACGCCAUGAAUCAGUUUAAAGAGGACUUCAGAAAAACCAGAGUUCCAGUGCAAGGGGUUCCACCUCCAGAUUCUAGGAUACCAGAUAGUAUUGAGAUAAUGAUACCUGUACCAGAAGGCUCUCUCCCAAUGCAUAGAAUGCCAGGCCCAGCACAACUGAUGCCAGUUGUUAGUCAAAGUGGACCUGGCCCAGUCCAGAUGUUGACUAGACCUAUGGGUCCAGGAAUACCUGUGAUCUCAAGCCAGAUGCCUAUGGGUAAUAUUCCUGGUGGCCCAACUAUGACAUCUGUCCAGCAACUGAAUCCACUUACACAGGCACAACAAGUAGGGGUUCAAAACCUACAAAGUCGGAUGCCUUUUAUACCAGUUAGUGGCUAUCACCAGCCAAAUGUAGCAAUGCCCGUGUCAUCAACAAUAACACAGCAGGUUCCAAUUCUGCCAGGAGCCUUAGGCAUGGGUCCAACAGUACCGGGGUCUGUUCCAGUAAGAGUUCCAAUGCAACCACAAGGACUAACAGGCCAACUGCAGAGACCACCAACUGGAAUACCGGUCUCUAUUGCCACAUCAGGGAUGCCAGUUGUUCAGACAAGACCAGGACUUAUUGGAUACCCUGGUACAGUCCCACGUGGUCCGGUACCACCUGUUACAUUUCCUCAGGGUGCUCCUCCUGGACAUGUACCACUCAGUAAUCCCCCUGGAACAGUACCUAGAGCACCAGUUCCCAGGGCACCAGUCCCAGCCGUAGCUCCUAUAACUCCUGCAGUCAUACAGUCUCAACCAAUUAUAUACAAACCACCAACAUCAGAGACUCCUACCAAUGAUCCUAGUAAUAUGAGGAAGAAGCCAGAGGACAACACACAAAAUAAAAGCAGUAUGCAGCAUGGAAAGCCAACAAAUGAGGAUAAGAGGUCAGAGUCCAAGUCUAAAGCGAGGGACAAUGCACCUUCUAUUAAGAUAAAUGUUGGAAGUCAGUUCUCCAGGAAGUCAAUGGAGGUAUUGAAUAAACGAAAGAGUGAAGACAUAGAUGGUGUACCAAUGGAUGAGAGAGUGCCAGCUAAAAAGUCUAGAACAGAGGAAAAGGGUCCCAAAUCGAUUCUGAGAAAAGAAGAUACCCAGAGCAAGAUUGACAUGUUUGAAGCUGCUGACAAAAAUCCAAAAAAGAGCACUCCUGCAGACUCCCAGUACAAGAGGCAGGGAAAUCUCAUCAGUGUUCCACUUCAGAAAGGAAAUGUGCAGCAGAAGACACAAGGAAAAUCUACACAGCAGGAGAUUGGCACCAAAAUCCAGGUGCUACACAACAGGAUAGCCCAAAAACUCCCAGCACCGAAGAAGUCAUCAGAACCUCAACAAGAGGACCCUGGUGAGGGGAAUGUUUCUCCUCAGACCCUGUCUUACUUAAAGACUCAUCAAGUGAGGCAGCAGAGGACCUCCUUCUCCUCCAGUGAAUCAGAAGAUGAGUCGUCUGAUUUCAUACAAAGACUGAAAGGCCCUGAGGGGCUGAUGUCGUUGAUGGAUGUGGACGUGUCCGGGGCGAAGUCCGACAGCAGUGGCAUCCAGGAGACACUGAGGAAGUGGGACUACCUGGCAGAGAAGCAGAAGAUACAGAGAGAGAAGGAAAAACUGGCUAGGAAAGAGGCUAAACUGAAGAAAAUGAUGGAAAAAGCACCUGUUCUUAUGCAAGAGUUUGAAGAGAAUGAGAAGAAAAGACAGGAUAAGAAAAAAGCCAAUGAGAAUGACCCUCUGAUAAAACUCUUACAGUCUGCUCUUGAAGCAGCCCAGCAAAAGGCAAACAUGAAGCGGUCCCCCUCGCCCUCCACUGACCAUGAGGAGGAGGACAUGUCUGUAUCUGAGGAGGAUGAGGACUCAAUUGCAGGAGGAGAGUUCAUCAUCGACUACGGUCACAAGUCUCUGUCAGGACAGAAAGAUAAACCACAGAGAAUGACAAGAAAACAGAGGAGGGCUGCCAGAAUGGAGCAGAAAAAAGCUGAGAGGGAAUACAGGGAAAAGAAAGAGGGUGAUAAACAACAAAAGUCAUCAAGUGAGAAAGAUGAACUUACAGAAAUGUUGAAAUCCUCACUACAAGCUGUACAAGAGCAUCUUAGUGAAAUGAGGAACCAAAAGCCCCAGUCUCAACAGGAUCAGGCAUCACAGAAUCCAUUCCUGCAGGAUCUGAUGUCACGAGUUCAGUCGCACAUCCAGGGUCAAAAAGAUGGAGCCAGCAGUUCCUCAAUGUCUGCUCCAGCCAGCUCACAGCCUACAAUUACCCCACACAGCAUUCCAAACAAACCCUUCCUGCAGACCACAACUGCCACCAGCAGUAUGGGAACCAGUUCAGGGGUGCCGGGAACCAGCUGGGCCUCACAGAUGCAGCCACAUCAAGCGAGAUCAGCCUCCAUUUCUCCUUAUGUACCAAUGUCCAGUAACGCCUCUAACUUACCUUCUAAUACCUUUGAAUAUGGCCACGGCAGCAAAGGCACACAGCCAGCUAGCUGGAGUAGUUAUGGAAGCAAUUUGAGUGGGGAGGUUUCGUCUGCCAUUCAUGGACAGACGGCAUCGCAGCCCGUUCAGGAAGUGUUUGAUUAUGGACACAAAUCAAAGGCUGAUUCUGCAAAUAGCAAACCUCCACUCCAAAAAGGUAAUGCUACAGCGACUUCUUCACAACCCAAUCCACAGACAGACAUCCACAGUUUAACGAUAGAGAGCAUCAGUGAAAUUCUUAAGGUUGCCAAGAACCUGCAAGCCUCUCAAGCAAAAAUGAAAGACACUACGGAAAAACAGAGGGAGAUGUCAGAGCAAGACAAGAAAGGUAAUCAAGAAAACUUGAAGAGGAAUGGUGUUGGUGAGUUCCUGAAGAACUUUCCAACAAAUGUUGGUGACAAUUCUGCUCAAGGAAAUAAAAACCCCAUGGACAAGAAUGUGUCUGGUCAGUCAUCCAGUGGUCCAACUGGAACCAGGGCACAAUUUCAUGGUUCUCAAGGAAGAAAUAUGAAUAAUCAGAGAAAUCAAAACUUGGAACAGCAAGGAAACAACAAUAACUUGCAGAAAAAUAUGUCAUCAGAGCAGAACAUACAGAAGCCAGAUUCUCCACCUGUGGAUACUUUUCUGGGAAUGGUAGAGUCCAGAUAUGAAAGGCAGAAACAAAGAGAAGAAGAGGAUAGGAGAAAAAGAAUGGAGAAAACUUCAUCUGAAAACAGGGGCCCUCUAGGUGGGCAGCAAGGUGGAGGAGGUAAUGCCCAGUCUCUCCAAGGGAGUGGAAUGGGGUCAUCUCUUCCCAGAGGGCCCUCAUCCUCUUCUUUUAGAACAGGGCAGCAGCAUCAUAACAAAUCAUCAUUUGGACCAGGUCAUUCAAAUACAUCCAUGAAUAAUAAUAGACCAGGGCACUCAAGACAGCAUUCCCCCAUGCAGAACAGACCGGGUCAGAACAUGCAAAAUAGACCAGGGCAAAACAUGCAGAACAGACCAGGCCAGAACAUGCAGAAUAGACCAGGACAGAACAUGCAAAACAGACCAGGCCAAAACAUGCAAAAUAGACUUGGCCAAGGACAAAGUGGACAAAAUAGACCAAGUGAUAAUACAGUAAACAGGCCUGGACAAAAUAGACCAGGACAGAGUACCCAAAAUAGACCUGGACAAAAUGCACAAAAUAGACCUGGACAAAGUACGCAAAAUAGACCAGGUCAAAUGAAACCACAGAACCAAGGGUACAUGAGUAUGUUGUCACAGUCGAAAGUCCAGAAGAAGAGUGAUGCUGAAUCCAUUACAGAGCUAAUGUCAGCCAAUGAACUGCAAUCUUGGGAGAACUUACAGCGACAGCUGAGACAGUCGUACCUGGAGGAUCAAAUAUCAGGACCCACAAUGUCUGCCUAUGACCAGCGCCUGCAGCAGGGAAACCAGCAGCCAUCGUCACAGCAGCAGACUGGUUCCCUGGACUGGUUCCGACAAUCCAAACAGCUUCAAAUGCAAGACAAGUUAAAGAGACAGAUGGCACCCAAAGGAAUCCUGAAAGGAGUACCCAGUACAGCAAGUAAAAUUUGGGCAGAGGAAGACAUGGAUUUUCACACAACUCCUCAACAGACAGCGAAAUGGGGUCAAGGUGUGGCCUCAUUUGACUAUUCUGGAAGGUCAAACAAGGGACAGAACUCCAAUCUAGUGCAUUAUGCAAACUCAGACUCAGACUGACUAUGAUAUGAAAAAAAUAAUUCAGUGUAUAAAAAAUAUGAGCAUUUAGGGAAGGUUGAACAUUUAAUCCAUUUACCUGUAUUUUUCACAGAUGGGUGUUUGAGAAAAAAAAUCAUGAAUUCAAUUGGAUGUGUGUGCAUGCAUGUGGGUAUAAGUGUGUUGUGUGUUUUUAGGAAAUAUUUCUUAUUUCCAAAUUUGAAUAUGAUUUGGUAUGGGAGAAACUUUGUAAAAUUCUUCAUUUUUUUCAAUAAUAUUGUUGAAUCUUUGUUUUAAUUGCAAUAAUUUUUAUGUCUAAAUUGGUAAUUGUUGAAUCUUAUUUAAAUUUUUAAAUGAAAUUGUCUAUACUUCAAUUGUUGCAGAUAUACAUAUGUUGUUUUUUUUUCUUUAAUUACCAUUAAUUCUAAAACUGGAUAAAAUUUCAUGUUGUUCAUAUUUUUUUUUACCAUAACUUGUGGAUUGAUUGACUACUCCAUGAACUCUGACAGAAAAGGGAUAAAGUGCUACAUAAGAAAUGUUCAUUACAAAAAAAUUAAACCAGCACAAUAAGCUAACUUUAUGUUAAACAUAGUUUUUCCAAAAAAUAAAAAAAAUUGUGAUAAAUGCA